AAUGACUGCGGAAAAACAGACUCUCCGAUCCGCAAAUGGGAAGAAGGAUUCUCAGACAAGGCUUGGGAAUGCCCCGCAGCCAUCAUUUAACUGCGCCCGCAGAGCAGUUACGGUUUGUCACCCGACCCUCCCGGAUGGCCUCGUUUGUCUCUAGUGAGAACCCGAGGCUCUGCCCGCGCCGGGCUUCUUGGUAGCUGGAUGCAUGUCGUGCUCGGGGCAGCGCGGGCGCAGGGCACGCGUUCGCGCACACCCGCGCACACACGAAAACGCGCAAGAGCUGAACCGAGCCGGGUUUCCAUUUCAAAAAAGGAGGCAGCGUUUACUGCGAAUGUAGAAGAGACCGCGGUGUGACUUAGGGACUGGGAGGCGUCGAGCGGCGGAACGGUCCAUCUCAGAGCCCGGAGGUGAGUCCCGGAUCCCAGUGCGCGUCUAGCAAGGAGCCUGCGCCCCAGAGAGUCCCGGGAGCGCCGCCGGCCGGUGCCCGGCGCGCCAGGCCAUGCAGCGGCUGCCGCGGCGGAGCUCCGAGCGGCGGUAGCGCCCCCUGUGAGGCGGCCCGAGAUGCCCCGGCCACUGUGAACGGUGCCACCCGCCAGGACACGCUCAGCUCCGGACACGCUCUGCUCUGCGCGCCCGCGACAAGCACCGAGUAGAGAGAGCGGCGAGCGCGGUAAAGGCCACCUAGCAUUGGCAGGGGUGGCCAGCCGGUGCAGCGCAGGGUCACUACUCAGUCUGACUCGGGCUGGCACUGGCGGCUAGGGAUGUCGUCCUGGACCAGAUGGCAUGGACCCGCCAUGGCGCGGCUCUGGGGCUUCUGCUGGCUGGUCGUGGGCUUCUGGAGGGGCGCUCUGGCCUGUCCCAUGUCCUGCAAAUGCAGCGCCUCUCGGAUCUGGUGCAGCGAACCUUCUCCUGGCAUCAUGGCAUUUCCGAGGUUGGAGCCUAACGCUGCAGACCCUGAGAACAUCACUGAAAUUUACAUUGCAAAUCAGAAGAGGUUAGAAAUCAUCAACGAAGAUGAUGUUGAAGCUUACAUGGGAUUGAAAAACCUAACAAUUGUGGAUUCCGGAUUAAAAUUUGUGGCUCAUAAAGCGUUUCUGAAAAACAGCAACUUACAGCACAUCAAUUUUACCCGAAAUAAACUGACGAGUUUGUCUAGGAAACAUUUCCGUCACCUUGACUUGUCUGAGCUGAUCCUGGUGGGAAAUCCAUUUACAUGCUCCUGUGACAUUAUGUGGAUCAAGACCCUCCAGGAGACUAAAUCCAGUCCAGAAACUCAGGAUUUGUACUGCCUAAAUGAAAGCAGCAAGAAUAUUCCCCUGGCAAACCUGCAGAUACCCAACUGUGGUUUGCCAUCAGCGAAUCUGGCUGCACCUAACCUCACUGUGGAGGAAGGGAAGUCUGUCACGUUAUCUUGCAGCGUCGCAGGUGACCCAGUUCCGAACUUGUACUGGGAUGUCGGUAAUCUGGUUUCCAAACACAUGAAUGAAACAAGCCACAUGCAGGGCUCCUUAAGGAUAACUAACAUUUCAUCUGAUGACAGCGGAAAGCAAAUCUCUUGUGUAGCAGAAAAUCUUGUAGGAGAAGAUCAAGAUUCUGUCAACCUCACUGUACAUUUUGCUCCAACUAUCACAUUUCUCGAAUCUCCAACCUCAGACCACCACUGGUGCAUUCCAUUCACUGUGAAAGGCAACCCCAAACCAGCGCUUCAGUGGUUCUAUAACGGGGCAAUACUGAAUGAGUCCAAAUACAUCUGUACUAAAAUCCAUGUUACCAAUCACACGGAGUACCACGGCUGCCUCCAGCUGGAUAAUCCCACUCACAUGAAUAAUGGGGACUACAAGUUAGUAGCCAAGAAUGAGUAUGGGAAGGAUGAGAAACAGAUUUCUGCUCACUUCAUGGGCUGGCCUGGAAUCGAUGAUGGUGCAAACCCAAAUUAUCCUGAUGUAAUUUAUGAAGAUUAUGGGACUGCAGCGAAUGACAUCGGGGACACCACGAACAGAAGUAACGAAAUCCCUUCCACAGACAUUGCUGACAAAACCGGUCGGGAACAUCUCUCGGUCUAUGCUGUGGUGGUAAUUGCAUCUGUAGUGGGAUUUUGUCUGCUGGUAAUGCUGUUUCUGUUGAAGUUGGCAAGACACUCCAAGUUUGGCAUGAAAGGUCCAGCUUCAGUUAUCAGCAAUGAUGAUGACUCUGCGAGCCCACUCCACCACAUCUCCAAUGGGAGUAAUACCCCGUCAUCUUCAGAGGGCGGCCCUGAUGCCGUCAUUAUUGGAAUGACCAAGAUCCCUGUCAUUGAAAAUCCCCAGUACUUUGGCAUCACCAACAGUCAGCUCAAGCCAGACACAUUUGUUCAGCACAUCAAGCGACAUAACAUUGUUCUGAAAAGGGAGCUAGGCGAAGGAGCCUUUGGAAAAGUUUUCCUAGCUGAAUGCUAUAACCUCUGUCCUGAGCAGGACAAGAUCUUGGUGGCAGUGAAGACACUGAAGGAUGCCAGCGACAACGCACGCAAGGACUUCCACCGCGAGGCCGAGCUGCUGACCAACCUCCAGCACGAGCACAUCGUGAAGUUCUACGGCGUCUGCGUGGAGGGCGACCCGCUCAUCAUGGUCUUCGAGUACAUGAAGCACGGGGACCUCAACAAGUUCCUCAGGGCGCAUGGACCUGACGCCGUGCUCAUGGCCGAGGGGAGCCCGCCGGCGGAGCUGACCCAGUCGCAGAUGCUGCACAUCGCCCAGCAGAUCGCCGCGGGCAUGGUCUACCUGGCGUCCCAGCACUUCGUGCACCGAGACCUGGCCACUCGCAACUGCCUGGUCGGCGAGAACCUCCUGGUGAAGAUCGGGGACUUCGGGAUGUCCCGGGACGUGUACAGCACUGACUACUACAGGGUUGGUGGCCACACGAUGCUGCCCAUUCGCUGGAUGCCUCCAGAGAGCAUCAUGUACAGGAAGUUCACCACCGAAAGUGACGUCUGGAGCCUGGGGGUGGUGUUGUGGGAGAUCUUCACAUACGGCAAACAGCCCUGGUACCAGCUGUCCAACAAUGAGGUGAUAGAAUGCAUCACUCAGGGCCGAGUCUUGCAGCGACCUCGAACGUGCCCCCAGGAGGUCUACGAGCUGAUGCUGGGGUGCUGGCAGCGCGAGCCCCAUAUGAGGAAGAACAUCAAGGGCAUCCACACCCUCCUUCAGAACUUGGCCAAGGCAUCUCCGGUCUACCUGGAUAUUCUAGGCUAGGGUCCUUUUCCCCAGACCGAUCCUUCCCAAAGCACCUCCUCAGAUGGGCCGAGAGGAUGAACGUCUUUUAACUGCCGCUGGAUGCCAUCCAUCUGCUGUUCUUCACUCUGACAGCAUUCACAACAGAGACACCGAGAAGCUUUCAGAGGGAAGCAGUGUGUACUUCUCCAUCCGUAGACACAGUAUGGACUUCUUUUUGGCAUUAUCUCUCUCUCUCUUUCCAUCUCCCUUGGUUUAUUCCCUACUUUUUUUGUUUUUUUUUUUUUUCUUUUUUUUUCGUCUUUCCUGCUUCACAGUCCUUACCCUUCCUUUUUGAAUCAAUCUGGCUUCUGCGUUACUAUUAACUCUGCAUAGACAAAGGCCUUAACAAACCUAAUUUGUUAUAUCAGCAGACACUCCAGUUUGCCCACCACAACUAACAAUGCCUUGUAUUCCUGCCUUUGAUGUGGAUGAAAAAAAGGGAAAACAAAUAUUUGACUUAAACUUUGUCACUUCUGCUGUACAGACAUCGAGAGUUUCUAUGGAUUCACUUCUAUUUAUUUAUUAUUAUUACUAUUCUUAUUGUUUUUGGAUGGCUUAAGCCUGUCUACGAAAAAGGAAAACUUGUGUUCAAUCUGGGAAGCCUUUAUCUAUGGGAGAUUAAAACCAGAGAGAAAGAAGAUUUAUUAUAAACUGCAGUAUGGGAGGAACCAAGACAACCAUUGAGAUCAGCUGGCGUCAGUCCCUAUUUAGGAAAAACCCAGCGACUGUUAGCUGGGAGGAAUGUAUUCGGCACCUUCCCCUGAGGACCUUUCUGAGGAGUAAAAAGACUGUUGAACUCUGUGCCAUGGAUUCUUCUUUUCCAUCACCAGAAAGACUAGUGUGUAGUAGAGAGAAAAGAUGGCUUCCGUGAGACACAAGAUGGCGCAUCACACGCUCAGACAGUCUUGUCUUUGUAGAUCAUGGUGAUAGCACAGGUUUGUUUGUCCGAGUGUUAUCCACUGAGCCUUUGUCAAGUUCAGUUGAAAAUAGGUGAAUUCUUGUCCCGAGAUCAUUUCAAGGUCAGAUGGGAAAGCCAAGGACUUGGAAAAGAUAGGACGAGCUAUAAAUUCAGAGGGAAGUUUCCCUUAUACUGAACUUUUCAGAUAGCACUCCCCUCCAACCCCUACCCUCCACCCCACCCAUCCUUUUAACUGUGCAAGCAAAAACGUGCAUGGUCUUCGUCGACUAAUACCUUGUGUGCAGAACUACUGCUCCAGACGUCGUGCCCCUGAUAUGUAGAGCAGAUCCAUAAGAGGUAUAACUUAUAUCAUUAGGGGAAGCUAAUGGGGUUCAUUAGCCGAGUAUAAAUGUCUCUGGGUCGUAUAGUGGUGAUGGGUUUUAACAAAUAUGGACCCUGAAGCCUGGAUGUCCCCAUCCACGUGGAACCCACUGUGGGACUGUGGGAACAACAGAGUCAAUCCCCAAGGGAAAGGAAACCUCACUCUGGGGGCAUCACACACAUUGAUGUUCAGUGUACACAGGCCAAGACCUUGCUCUGGGCUCUGGUUGGGAGAGUGGUUUCAUUCCACGUGUACUCCAUUGUCAGUAUGCUGUUUUGUUUUCUUCACUCCGUUAAAAGAAGUAAAAAUAAAAAAUUAGGCAUAGCAUGCCAAUCGGAGGCUAUGCCCAGACAAAGCUUUGGAGGUGUGCUUCUGGGCAUAGUCACAGGUUUUGCAAAAAGAGAUUGUAAAUUGAAAUAGAAAUUUACCGUUAUUUGAUGAUGAGUUAUACCAAGGAAGAAAAAUAUUGCUGUUCCUCAAGAAAACUUGCUACCCUCUGUGAGGGGAAUUUUGCUAACUUGACAUCUUUAUAACACGAGCCAGAUUGAAAGGGAGUGAUUUUAAUUCAUCUUAGGUGAUUUUUUUUAUAUUUGUUUCUGAAGGUGCAAUUGCUCUGUUUAGGUUUUGCUUGUGCCCUUAAUCCUGGAGCACCUUACUUUCCAUUAUAGGCUUUGAAAGCCAGUUCUCAAAAAAUCUAAAGUGUCAAUUAACUGAGAACAAAAGGAAAUCCAGUAGGGUCUGUGGUCAAGUGAAGAGGGUUGGACAAGAUGAACCCUAGUCCCUUCAAGUUCUGUGCUGGCCUAUGAGACGUGGGAGUUGAGUUGUUUGUUCUCUUUGUAGGUGGAAAAACAACCCUCCAGAAUACUCAUAAUAAUAUGACGAAAGCCAUAUCUCCAUGAUAUAUACCUACACGUAUAUAUCUUAUAAGGACCCAUGGUACUGUUAAAACACUGUGGCGCUCUGUGAAGCGGUGAAGAAGGGGCAGAUUUGUAUAAAACUCUUCUAGAUUCCAUCAGCAAUGACCUAAAAACCUACCGGGUUUGUCAUUCUGCGUGACUGGCCAGCUGCUCUGGGGGAAGAAGCUGCAAGUUAUUUGUUUUAUUUUAACAGAGAGCAAAGGAGGUAAUACUCUAGGAAAUCAAAUUUAAGGAGGGCUGUGCAGUUUUAGAGCAAGGCUUUGUUUAAGGCAAAUGAGAAGAUGGGAGCAUUCCAUUCCAUUCCAGUGUUGUUUUCCUCUGAAGGAAAAAAGAAAAAAAAAAUUUCUCUUUACCGUCUGACAAGUCCCUCAAGGUCUUGAAAUAAAAGGUUCUAUGCAAGCGCAAAGUUUUAUAGCUAUUUAUAUUGCUGAUUAUUAUUAUUUUUUCCCUCUGUUGUCUCAAGAGUAUGUACUGAUUUCAGAGAGGUCUCUCUCAUUGAAAGAACACCAGAUUGCUUUUAAAGUAGCUGAAUGAACCACAGACUAUCUUAAAAUAUUCCUCACUCUUCCUCCACCAUCCCCUCUUCUCUUUAUACUCCUCCAAUUUUUAGAAAAGGAGCUUCCUCUUUCUAAAGUGUAAUGAUCACAGAAUAUGGCCUGCCAUCAAAUUCCUUAACAACUACAACAGUCGUAGUGACAAACCUAAUUCUCUAGCCCAAACUCAGACAAUCGUUUCCAUUUAUAAAUUGUUAAAUAGUUUUCCAAACACUUUUCACAUAUGUUAGCAAAUCAUUCCCAUUUUUUGUAGGUGAGGAAAUUGAGACUCGGAGAAGUUAAAUGGCGUGCUAGAAAUCCCCAGGCUAGCUUCUGGCACCACUGGGACUUACUGGAAGUAUUCUGACUCUGAAGUUCAUGGUUCUGUCCACUAGAGACUCUAAUAUGCAAACAAGCUGUCGAGGAAAGAAAGCCUGCUAACAAAUUCAUGAAGCAGGAUGUGAAGUUAGAAGAACAAAAUGGACUACAUGAGAUGACAAGCAACUGAGAUAUCGCGAUAUAUAAUCAUGCUCACAGCUUCAGCUAAACACUUGUACACUGAACCCGUGUCAUAAUCAGGCUUAUUUAGAAAACAUUUUGAAUUAUGCUAAUAAGGAUUAUAUCAGAACUCAUAUUAUACAUAUGUGUUCACAUCAACGCUACCUGUGGUAUUUUCAUGUAUUUAUGUAUGUGUUAUAAAUACUUGAUUUAUACAUACACAAACACUCAUGCAUAGUGUGUUUGUGUGCUUAUGUAUAAAUUUAUAGGCACACAGUAAUAGAGAAAAUUAUAAGUAGGGUGCAGUAUGAAUAAUUUGCUUAAAAUCUGCUAAGUAACCAAAACUUUGUAAUGUCCUGUUGCUGUUAGUGCUUCCAUUCUCCAUGUGGGUAGGGCUACAUCGCACUUUUCAACUCUGUGCAGUACUACAUGGGUAGAAGACAUCUUUCAGAUAAUGUGCUUCCCAAAACAACUGAAUCCAAGCCAUCUCACUAUGCUGAGUCCUUUCUCUGGCUCCUUGCAAAGGAAAAUGCAGACUGAAAUAGAUCUCCUUAUGUAAAGGUCCAGGAAAGAAAAAUUGAUUUUCUUCAUCUUUGUGCACAUUUGUAUCAUGCUCACCUUGUCCCACCAUGACCCCUUUACACCUGUGUUCAGAGUCCAAGCAUUCCAGAAGAGAACUGAAAUGUUGGGAGCCCAGUGUCUUGAAGGUCAUUGGUGAGAAUCCAAAACCCCACAGCGAGGGAGCGACUCUUAGGAAUUCCCACACUCAAGCAGGAACGCAAGAAACAACAGUGCAAAAUGCUGUCUUUGCAAAGAGCCGUGACAACAGGAUCCCCGGUCAGGAACAGACUUUUCUUUUUCCCCUUUCCUUUUGCAAAUUGGACCUUCUAUGAUGCCAAUAACAUUAAAUUGUAUAGCUAAUGAAACAUGUGACCGCAUACACACAUACCCUCAAUUCUCUUGCUCUCUUUUUUUUUUCUUCCAUUUGAGGACUUUUAUUUCCAAUGUUGAGCUUUGUUUUGGCCCCGUAUCACUGUUAGAGAAAAUCUCACGAGGGGAAAGGCCAGUGACCCAACUCCUCAGAUGGCUAAAUGAGCAGUUAAAGCAGUUUCAUCACAAUGCAUAAUUGUGGAAUGCGGGGACUCCGAGGUUGUGAUAGCAAACAUCACUCUCAAGAAUUAGGGGUGGGAGGGAUUUGUAGUUAAUAUGACAGCACAUGAAGAGGUAUUUUCUUGUUGUCAGAGCUGGAAUGAAUCACUGCUGCUCAAGUCAAAGGUUCUUGAAUAUCCUUAGUUUUUGCAUUUUUCCCCUUUCUUUUCCUUUUACAUUUAUUUAUUUAUGUAUGUAUUUAUUUAUUUCUAUAUGUUUUUCGCUCCAUUCAUCACAAACACAAAGCAAAGCAAAAAAAUAUAUAUGUGUGUAUAUGUGUUGCAGGCAAAACACUGUGAAUUUCACAACAGCAACCAAGUAACUACUUUGCCAUCUUAACAUACGUCUCAGGAGACGCAAUGGGAAAACAUGGGGAUGUCAUUUUUUUUUAGUCUAUGCAUUUUAGGCCAGGUCUGUGUAUGUUUUAUUUCUUUGGUCUGUGCAUUAAUAAAAAUGAUCCUGCGUGAAGGUUGGCUGAAUGUUCAACAUACUGGAGCAAGCAUAAUAAAGCUGCUAAUAGCCACAUGUUUGCACUGGAAAAAGAAAAUUGGAUAAAAUGAAAUGUAAAGGCCUACAUCUUGCAGCUUGUAUAUCUUACUAUUGCUUUAAAAAUGUAUAAAACAGCUGGAAAUGUUUUAAAUACAAGGUCUUUGAAUUAAAUGUGGAUUUUAAAUAUGUAAUCCCUUGACAAACAACCAAAUUAUGGUGAAAUAUUGCUCCCUGCAUUCACUGAUCAUUACCUAUCACUUACAAAUCUGCCUAGAGAUGUGGACAUUCUCUGCAUUUGCUUCUGUACAUGGAGAGAUGUUUGUAUAUAUCCAGGCCAUACACACACACACAUUUCAAUAUCUCUCUGAAGAUAUAUUGCCCCUUAAAUUGUGACCUGGUAUUUGGAACUCUCUUUUUAUUUGCUUUCUUUUUCUUUUAAUGUGACGUCUCUGUGCUGAUACUUACUGGUUCUUGUUUUGCAAUCUGUUUUGAGGUCCAUUGCUUUACUAAGACCCACUGCAUCUUGGCUGAUUUCAAAGUGACACCAGAAUAUCAGUGUUUAAAAAAAAAAAGUUUUAUUUGUAAAUCAUGUGACCAGCUUCUCUCAACCUGACAUGGAAAGUCUCUUGUACUACAGUGUAUUUAAUAAAAAUGAUGUCUUACAAUAAAUAACAUCCUCGAAAGAGAGAC